AUGCCUGGUACAAGUACACCGGUCAUUACCAGGCUCAUUUCGGGAAUCCCCUCGUUUCCGGCAACGCACUGCUUCAAGCCGCUCAUGGAUCAUGACGACGCGUACAGAGCUUUCUUGAGGGUCUCCCCCUACCUCUGCCGCUCCCAGGGCAUCAUCGCCAACACCUUCCGCUCGCUCGAGCCGCGUGCCGUGGACGCCAUCACUGCCGGGCUCUGCACACCUCCCGACCUCCCGACACCUCCUGUCUACUACAUCGGCCCAUUGAUCAAGGCGGAGGAGGUGGGCGUGAAACAUGAACGAGAGUGCCUCGCAUGGCUAGACACACAGCCGAUGGCCAGCGUGGUGUUCCUAUGCUUCGGCAGCCGCAGCCUAUUCAGCGCAAAUCAGACCAGAGAGCUGGCCGUUGGCCUGGAGGCGAGUGGCAAAAGGUUCUUGUGGGUUGUGCGGAGCCCGCCCAGGGACAUCGACGACCCUGCGAAGAAGCUGGACAAGUUGCCGGAGCCGGACCUCGACGCUCUCCUCCCCGAGGGCUUCCUAGAGCGGACCAAGGGCACGGGUCUCGUCGUCAAGUCGUGGGCACCGCAGCGUGAUGUGCUGGCGCAUGACGCGGUGGGUGCCUUCGUGACGCACUGCGGGUGGAACUCCGUGCUAGAGACGGUCAUGGUUGGCGUGCCCAUGCUGGCCUGGCCACUCUACGCGGAGCAACGGGUUAACAGAGUGUUCCUGGGGAAAGAGCUGGGUCUGGCCGUGGCGGUGGAAGGGUAUGACAAGGAGGUGGUCCAGGCCGACGAAGUGGCGUCCAAGGUGAGGUGGAUGAUGGAGUCUGACGGCGGGAGGGUGCUCCGAGAGCGGACCUUGGCAGCCAUGCGGCUAGGCAAGGAGGCGCUGCUCCCUGGCGGGGAGUCGGUUGUGACCUUGACACAACUGGUGGAGAGCUGGAUGGCUUCACCUUCACAAGGGAGGUGA